AUGCAUUGGUACGAUAGAGUAUAUGAAGCAUGCAAGCAUUCCAAUGGAUAUACUGCACCUGAAGCAUUUUAUGGAGUCGGAAAAAUUAUUUCAAGUGGAUGUGCACAACAACAUAAGACGUUUUCAUACGUCGAUUAUCGCUCGGGGAAAGACGUUCGAUUAUAUGGUAUUGUAAACCGACAUGCUUCUGGUGCAGACGCUGAUUUCCUAAUAAGUGAGAUUGUUGGCGACUUAUUGCCUUUCGAUCGUACAACUGAUCACAUAUUGAACAACAAUCCAAGUGACCGAGAUAUAUAUUGUUUGCUGGAAGAAGUAUUACGCAAGGUUUAUAGAACUGAUAUGAGUGGCAAUCCUACAUGCACAAGCUUAUAUCAUGGAAUUGGAUUAAGUGAAUCACUUGGAUUUUAUGAAAAAAAUGAGAACAAUAGCAUGGUAAAGAUGAACAAUCUACCAAAUGAAAAUUUUGUAAAUCCAACUAAUGGUGUAAAUCUACCAAACUCGAUAUUAAUGAAUCAACCAAUUAAUGAAACCGUAGCACAGAAGUUGAAUGUGAUGGAGUUUCUCAAUUUUUACAAGGAUAUCAUUGAACGAGUGGAUCAGGCAGCGGAUGAAGACGAGAAAAGAAAAUACAUAAAUUCGGCUGAUAUGAAUCAAAAUAAUCCAAAUGCUCCUCCAUUUAAUCAGUAUGACGGAUUCAUGCCACCAGAAGCACAGGUUCAAUAUUCUAAUCAAUUCUUUAAUCAGCAAUCUGGUCAGUAUCCUAAUCAAUUUCUUAAUCAGCAGUCUGUUCAAUAUCCUAAUCAAUACCCUAUGGAAAACCCUUACCCUUAUAUUGAACCGGCUUCAUAUAACAACCAAAUGUACAGAGCUCCUGCGCCAAUGUAUUCAUCAAAAAGAAGAGGUGGUACCAGGAACGUUAACAAGAAGUAUGCGGCUCGAAAUGCACCUUUAGUACCUAUUUCGAAAUCAACUGAAAAAUGGUGGACUGAAGAAGGUGAAUAUCUGACAGAUCGGAAUGAACAAUUGGAUUAUGGUUUGUCGGAUGAUAGAAUUCCUUCGGAGAAAAAACCAUUAACAUUCCAGCAAACUUCUAUGACAACUGCCAUAGAAGUUGCUCGCAGGGAUGAUGAUGAUGAAUUUCUCCAUGCCGCUGAAAAACCAGCUAUUGAUAUAGGCUAUAUAGAGAAUAGUGCUUACAAGGAAAGCGGUGAAGCAGCGAGCGUGAAAAGUGACGAUAAGAUUAGCAUGAUGUAUUCAACUCAUGGCGAAUCAGUUACUUCAUAUACCUCAGUUGCAGUUGUCUUUAUUUAUGGCGAUAAGAUGUUCGUUGGUAGUAUCGGUGAUUCGCGAAUUAUUCUGAUGCGCCAAAAAUGUCAUUAUUUGGAUGUGAUGUAUUUGAAUGAGCCACCACUUGCAUGGUAUCCUGUUGCUGCAACAAAAAAUCCAUGCAUAAAAGGUAGGCAUUACAUUCUAUUUCAAGAACCAGUCAUUCGUGGCGGAUUUCUGAUUAAUGAAUGUUCGAUCUUUCUUUUAAUGUUCAAUGAUGGUGUCAUUACAAACAUGUUAAAUUUGGAUGAGUUCUAUCGUACUUCCAAUGAAGUAAACCGAAGAACUGUUCAAAUGGUCAUUAAAAUUCUUGAGAAGUAUCCUACAGGAGAUGUUGCACAAAAAUUUGUAGCACAUAUCAAGCAUAGUUAUAAUCGCAAAUAUAAAUCAGCUACUGAAUACAUUGGUAUCAAACGAGAGAGCAUGUCAUUUCUGUUUGCUGAUCUCAGAGAACUUAUUCCAAAACUUCCCACCUUUGAUCAGCUUUUGAAGACUUAUCAACCAAAGCCGAAAUUUUUGGAAUCAAACGCACGAUCGAAUUCUAAAAAGGCAAAAAGUAAAAAUCCAUUGGAACCGGAUGUUGAAACAAUGAAGACUUAUUAUUCGUUGGAUAAAGUAUAUGAUAUGUUACAAGAAAUAUACGAUCGUGAGGAAAGGGAACAUCAAGCAGCAAUAAGGAAUGCUUCUAUGAUAAAUGAUAAUACGUGGGUGUUUCUAAGAACUGAUCUGAAUGAAAAGGGUGGAUAUUUUAAUUGA